UUCAACCAGGUCAACGGAAGAACAGGAUAGAAUCAAGCGAUCUAAAGUCCCGAUCAUGGGUGGAGGUGAAACCGAAGUGACGAAGCCUGAACACGUCGAGGAUUCGGACAAAGACAACAAAGACAAGGCAAAGAAGAAGAGCAAGAAGAAGUCUCAGAAAGAACCUGAAAAUGCCAGUUUGGAGCAGCAACCACAGGCAGAGGGGGAGCAACCGGACAAAGACAAGACAUCAGGAGCUUCAAAAAAGAAGAGUAAAAGGUCACACAAAGAAAAUCAUGGCGAGGCUACGGAAGAACAACCGGGAUUGAAGGCACAACAAUCUACUUCUGAGGCUCCGGAGGCGAAGCCAGAAAAACCUGCGGCGCCCACAACACAAAUAGCUAAGACGACCACUGAGACAACCGCGGGAAGCACAGGACCUUCCGGGAGUGAGAUUUUAUUCGUCGAUCCUCUGGAUGAUGUUCAUAAGUGCAUCAGUUGUGGGAACGCACUACGAGUUCCGAUUUUGUUUGAAGACUGUGGACAUCGAUGUUGUUCAAGCUGCUUGCCAAACGUGCUCAGAGGUUCCUCCAAAUGUCCAGCGGACAAUACACAUUUGAAGCAGGAUCACAUAAAACUGGACAAAGAUUUCCAACUGCAAAUGGAUGAGUUGGCCGUGCGAUGUACUUUUGAACCGGGCGGUUGUACUUGGACUGGGAAACUGGCGCAACUGGGUGGGCAUUUAUCACACUGUGGCUUUCGUGUCAUCACAUGCCCAAAUGACUGUGGUGUGGAGUUUGAACAACGCUAUCUUGAAACCCACGUGAGCAAUGAUUGUCCAAAACGUUCAAAGAAGUGCAAAUUUUGUGAUGCAUCACUAAUUGCCGCAAACGAGUUGAAACACAUUGGAGUAUGUCCUCGUUUUCCUGUAACGUGUCCGAAUGACUGCAAAAAAAGAGAUAUUCCACGAUGCCAACUGGCCGAACAUUUGGCGACCGAGUGCUCAAAGCAAGAUCUUCCCUGUCCGUUCGAGCCACACGGAUGUGAGUUUCUUGGACGCAAGAAGAAGACAGAAGUCCAUCUGACUGAAUGCCACAUUGAACAUUUGAAUAUGGUGAACUCGUCAAUGCAACAGAUGACAUUGCUGCUUGAAGCGCAGACAAAGUCUUUCACUGAACUCAAAUCCAUGCUGACACAACAAGCCAAGCGCCUGACUGCACUCGAACGAUGUUUCGGCUCGUCAUUCACUUGGAAGAUCGACAACUACGCGGAAAAGUUCAGUAUGGCAAAGUCAGGCAAGCAGACCACAUUGUUCAGCCCACCGUUCUAUACGCAUCGCUGUGGCUACCGUAUGGCCGUUUCUGUAUGUUUGUACGGAAGCGGAGAUUGCCGUGGGAAGUUUAUGUCCGUGUUUGUCUGUCUGUGUCGUGGGGAACAUGACACGGUUUUAUCGUGGCCGUUUACGCACCAGCUUACUUUCACCCUGUUGGACCAACAUCCGGAUGUAACGAUGCGUAAACCGGUUGACUAUACCAUUAAACCGAACGCCGGGGCAGACCAAACAAUGUUUCUGGGUAGACCAACGGCCGAACGAAAUCCGUGUUUUGGUGCCCCGAGAUUCAUGAAGCUUGAAGCUCUCAAAAAUUCGGACUACAUUUUUGAAGACUGCAUUUUCCUAAAAAUCACCAUGAAUCUGGAUGAGGUGCCAGCCAUCUGAACUUACAGAGAGAUGAAUCCUCACACUUUCGUUUUGUUUUCCCAAUCCGGCAUGUUAUGUUGUUUUCACUAAAGAUAAAAGAUUUCUAAUUUCAUGAACAUAUUUUUGGGACUCUUGCAUCGUUUGCGCAAUUUCAAAUUAUUACUUUAUUUUACCCUCUGAAUGAUUCUCGAGCCCGUACACGCCCUCUGUCAUCUCUUAUGCAAUCACAAACGCAAAAUCGCAUUUUCCAUUUAUCACUAAAUCUGAUAUUUCGCCCUCCGAAAGCUGAAUGUGUUGAAAGCCGGAGUGCUUCAUCCUGUCUUUUACUCUUAUUAGUUGCCCAAAUCCAGAAGAAAAAAUAAAACUUUGUGUUUUUUUGGUCGGCGACUGUGU